CUGGCAAAUGGUAUAAAACACCUGGGAAACGUCAAUAUGUCAAUGUGUUAGACUUGUGAUGCAGGUGGCACUUCAACCUCAGCUGGUUGUGUGAGCAUUGAGAUAUAUUGAGGUAUAUAAUGGUGGUUGAUUUGCAUGACAAGUUGUAUUUGCCUACAUGUCAGUGUGGAGUAUGUAUGUUUUGGGCGAUCAUGCGCUUUUCAUUUGGCAAGACUGACGAAUCUGUCCCACAGACAUGCACAGCAAUGUGUAUUUCUCAAUCAGGAGAUUGCUGCAUUUCUGAAAUCUCAUGAGUAUUUGAUGAAAGACUUUCCCAGUCUGAUUGAACAUGUGCGAACUAGCUGUUUGGCUGUGAGGUCUACAAGGUAGUUUUGGACAAACAAAUCUCAAGCAAUGGCUUCUCAGUCUCGUGUGCUGCCUGUCUUGGUGGUUGCGGCCUGCUGUGCGGCCCUGCUGCGCAGCUUCUUGGCCCCCGGCGCAGACACCUUUGUGGCACCUCAGCAGAGUGUCCACUUGGGCUGCAAGGCCUUGUCCAAAGGCGCAUUGGCAGCAGGCGAUGUGCCAGCCAUCGUGAACACUGUGCCCGCUCGCCCCGGAGUGCCAGCCCACUUCAAGGUGACCCUCGAGACCCCUGAUGGCACGCAGUCCUUCGAGUGCCCUGAGGACGUGUACAUCCUGGAUCAGGCUGAGGAGGAAGGCUUGGAGUUGCCCUACUCCUGCCGUGCUGGAUCUUGCUCCAGCUGCGCUGGCAAGGUGCUUGAAGGCAGCAUUGACCAGAGCGACCAGGCGUUCUUGGAUGACGACCAGAUGGGCGAGGGAUUCUGCCUCACCUGCGUCACCUAUGCCACCUCUGAUGUGACCAUCAAGACCCACUGUGAGGAUGAGCUUUGAAGUGGCAGUUCGAUUAUGACAGUCUCACCACACGAGUUUUCCUCUGGGUUUCUUCACCAUGGAUUUCUGGCCUAACGCCAAGAGCCAGGAGUACAGUCUGACAAAAUGACCACUAUGCAGUGUGAAUCUCUUGCCGGCAUUUUCAACGCCGAAACAAA